UUUUCUCCGCAACACUUAUAAACCCAAGAAACCUUAACGAAGUAUCUUUUGUUGGCGGCGCUCUUUAUUAUAGAUCAAUGAAGCACAUCGUGAAGAUUAUGGCAUUGCUGGUUGGCAUCUCUGCCUCAUGGUUUGGCCUCUUGAAGACAUCUAUGGUUCCAAGUAGCCAUACUUUGUUACUACCUAUCUAUUUUAUCAUGUGCCUUGGAUGCUACGGCCUAUUAAUGGUUGGAGUUGGUCUGAUGCGGUUUCCAACUUGUCCUCAAGAAGCAUUGCUUUUGCAGCAGGACAUCAUUGAGGCCAAGGAUUAUUUGAAGCCAAGAGGGGUUGACGUGGGUUCGGAAUGAUUCGAGGAUCUUUGAACGUUGUUCAAUAUGCCAGUGGAGUGGGGAAUUGCCAUUUUCAAACAAAGAUAGGUCUGCCGUGUCUCCCUAAAGCUUAUCUGUAGCCCCUGGACUCGGCUUCAAUUGCAUUUCUUCACUUAUUUUGCAGUGGCAUUUUUUUUUUCUUGCACAAAGGAAAAGAAAGAAAAAACGAAUCACACUAUUGGGAUAUAGUUGUAAGAAUGAAAAUUUAUGUCAAUUUCCCUUUUUUCGGUUGUAGUAAGUACAGAGAAAAAUAAAGAGGAAGGGAACCUUUUUUUUAAA